AUGGGCAAAAAACUCUCCGGAUUUGUUGAGUUUUACCUGCGUAAUGCGAGUGCGGCGGAACAAGUCCACAACGAGCAGCCGGAGAUUCUGUGGAGUCAGCACAUCACAAGCGCAAGUCACGCACUGCGUGUGGUGAAGGAUGUUUUGUCCGUGCGCCCUCCAGGAGAGACCGGUGUCUCGUAUGGUAUCCUGGUCCCUGAACAAGACGACUCGCGGAAUUCAGCGACGGAAACGCAAGUCUUCUUCACGGAAACUUCGCUGACUCGCGCGCACAAAGAAGUCCGGGACCCCAUUGUGGUGUUUUUCUUCGGGGAGCACGUGCUGGUGUCGAGGAAAAUGUUCGUGGAUCACGUGCUGGACCAACUGUCGGAAAAACUGAAUACGAUAACAAGUGAAGGUGGAAAUGCGGAGAGGAAGCAAAAGUUGAGUUCGAGAAUAGAGCGGGUGAAAGACGCGCUUGCGCGUUAA